UCUAGACUCUGCAGUCCCAGCCAACGAAAUAUCCGGCCCCUCUCCUCGGAGCUCUCCAGAAAGUUCUGCACUGUGGAGCGGCUAUAAGAACCAGCCAUCUUCCCUCACCGCCCUCAGAGAAACCUGAGCGAAAGCAACGACGGUCAUAACACCUCUCAAGUUAGUGUCGCCAUGGUUCACGAAACCGGCUACUACGACCUCCUGGGUGUCAGCCCCAAAGCCUCAGCGGAUGAAAUCAAAAAAGCUUACAGAAAGCUCGCCCUGAAAUAUCACCCCGACAAGAACCCCAGCGAAGGAGAGAGGUUCAAGCUCAUAUCUCAAGCAUAUGAGGUGCUGUCAGAUCCAAAGAAGAGAGACUUAUAUGACCAUGGAGGAGAACAAGCGAUCAAAGAAGGAGGCAUGGGUGGAGGAUCUUCGCCAAUGGACAUUUUCAACAUGUUCUUUGGAGGUGGAGGCCGGAUGCAGAGAGAGAGGAGAGGGAAGAAUGUUGUCCAUCAGCUCAGUGUUACACUAGAGGAGAUCUACAAUGGCACCACCAGGAAGCUUGCACUACAGAAGAAUGUCAUUUGUGAAAAAUGUGAUGGUUAUGGUGGUAAGAAAGGUGCUUUGGAGAAGUGCUCAAAUUGCAAAGGAAGAGGGGUACAAGUCAAGGUGCAGCAGAUUGGGCCUGGCAUGAUUCAGCAGAUCCAGAGUAUGUGUCCAGACUGCCAGGGACAGGGCGAGAAAUUUAACUCAAAAGACCGCUGCAAGAACUGCAACGGACACAAAGUGGAACGCAAGAAGAAAAUUCUUGAAGUUCACAUUGACAAAGGUAUGAAAGAUGGUCAGAAAAUCACAUUCAAUGGAGAAGGCGACCAGGAACCUGGACUGGAGCCUGGGGACGUGAUCAUUGUGCUGGAUCAGAAGGAUCACCCCGUUUUCCAGAGACAAGAGGAUAAUUUAAUAAUGAAGAUGAACAUCAGACUUGUCGAGGCCCUGUGUGGUUUCAAGAAGACCAUUCAAACAUUAGACAACAGAACACUUGUCAUCACCUCACAGUCAGGUGAAGUAAUCAAGCACGGUGACAUCAAAUGCAUUCAGAAUGAGGGCAUGCCAAUUUACAGGGACCCUUACGAAAAAGGACAGCUCAUUAUUCAGUUCCAGGUGGAAUUCCCAGAGAAACACUGGCUCCCAGAGCAUCUCAUGUUCCAGCUAGAAAGACUGCUUCCUCCCAGGGAGGAUGUGAUGAUUACUGAUGACAUGGAGGAGGUGGACCUCUGUGAGGUGGAUGUGCGGACACAAGAGAGAAGCUACAGCGGGGAAGCUUAUGAGGAGGAUGAGGAGGGUCCCAGAGGCGGAGUGCAAUGUCAAACGCAGUGAUAAUGGUCUACGAUACAAAUAUGUUGUAAAGCAUGUGGGGUUUUUUUUUUGUUGUUUUUUCUGUAUUGUUCAUCUUUUCUUUCUUUACAGCUAUGUUUUUCACUAAGUAAUGCACUGCAAUUUAAUCACAUCAAGUUUUAAACAGUUGGUAGAGCCAUUUUUGUGCUGGAACAUAAACAUGCAAGUGAAGUACUCAUUUCACAUUUCAUUUGUGUUCCCAAAAUUAUCAAAACUGUAUUUAGGUGUUUUCCUCUCAUGUUCUCUAUUUAAGAUCCAUGUCUUUAAUUUAUAUGUUUCCUAAGAAAUCUGUGGCACAAAUGUUUUUUGAUUUUUUUCAUUCAGAAGCUGAAAGGACGACUCGCCUGCUUUCUGUGAAGGUAUCUCCAGUCAUGACAAAACAUUUUUUGUUUUUUUCUAAAUAAAAGUCCCAGAAUGCUUCAA